CAAAAAAGGAGUGGGUUCAUGGUGUCGCUCUGAAAGACACCUCUCUGAAAGGUCUACUAUGCCAAAAAGAAGAGGAGAGCGCAACAGAUGCAAGGGGAAGAUGGCUCGCACAAAAAGGAGAGAAAGCUGUACAAUGAUGGUUGGGAUGACGAUAACCAUGAUUAUAUUAUCAAAAAUGGGGAAAAGUUCCUCGAUCGAUAUGAAAUUGAUUCAUUAAUAGGUAAAGGCAGCUUUGGCCAAGUAGUAAAAGCUUUUGACCACGAAGAACAAACUCAGGUGGCAAUAAAAAUUAUUAAAAAUAAAAAACCCUUCCUUAAUCAAGCGCAAAUUGAAGUGAGGUUGCUUGAAAUGAUGAAUAGAGCAGAUACUGAAAACAAGUAUUAUAUAGUUAAACUCAAGAGGCAUUUUAUGUGGCGCAACCACUUGUGUUUGGUAUUCGAGCUACUGUCAUAUAAUCUUUACGAUUUACUUAGAAAUACAAACUUUCGAGGGGUGUCAUUGAAUCUCACAAGAAAAUUUGCGCAGCAACUGUGCACUGCACUUUUGUUCCUGUCCACGCCAGAAUUGAACAUCAUACACUGUGAUCUGAAGCCCGAAAAUAUUCUUUUGUGCAAUCCCAAACGUAGUGCGAUAAAAAUAGUGGAUUUUGGGAGUUCCUGUCAACUUGGACAGAGGAUAUACCAGUAUAUACAAUCUAGGUUUUAUCGAUCACCAGAAGUGUUGCUGGGAAUUCCGUAUGAUCUUGCGAUAGACAUGUGGAGUCUAGGAUGUAUUUUAGUAGAAAUGCAUACAGGGGAACCGCUCUUCAGUGGUGCCAACGAGGUGGAUCAAAUGAAUAAGAUUGUAGAAGUAUUGGGUAUGCCACCAAAGCACAUUCUGGACCAAGCGCACAAGGCGCGGAAAUAUUUUGACAAAGUUCCGACGGACGGCUCGUAUAUACUGAAAAAGUCUAAGGAUGGAAAAAAGUACAAGCAGCCUGGUACGAGGCGGCUACAUGACAUCCUAGGCGUUGAGAGCGGAGGUCCUGGAGGCAGAAGAUUAGGGGAGCCUGGACAUUCGGUAUCCGAUUACCUUAAGUUCAAGGAUCUGAUUCUAAGGAUGUUGGAUUUUGAUCCAAAAACGAGAGUCACGCCUUACUAUGCGCUGCAGCAUAAUUUUUUCAAAAGAACAGCGGAUGAAGGGACCAACACCAAUAUCGCGGCAGCCAAUAGUGCGAAUACUAGUCCUGCUGUUGUAACGAUGAGUCAGGAUCAUGGAAUGGUAUCAGUGCCUGGACAGGGGCAGGGCAUCAGAAAUAGCAGCAGUUUAAUGACAGUACAGCCGAACGUUCCUGCCGGUUACCAGCCGAUGGAGUGCGAGUCUUCGCCUCGACAUUUGUGCAGCAGGCGUGCCAUUACUACCAGUUAUCCGUCAACGUCAACCGCGAGUAUGCCUACGUCUGCUCCGACGUGCAUGCAGUCAAUGGAUAACUCCUUGAUACAAAGCUCUCUUGGUCCUUAUAAUAGCCUAAUUCUACCCAGCAUAUCUCACCUACCAGCGAUGAUGACUUCUCCGAUGAUCCAACAGCAAAGUUUCUACAAUUACGGCUAUCCAAGUACGGACACUCACGCGAUGGUCAGACAGCCAUCAACGGUCUCCGCUGGUAAACAAAGGGAUUCCGAAAGAGAGGAUAGUCCAAUGGUUGGUGUCUGCGUCCAACAGAGCCCUGUAGCCAUUCACUGAUUUGCAGCCAUCCACGAUGAUCAUGACGAAAGCAUAAGUUGACCGUCGUUAGUUACGACAAACUGUGACUGUGCUUCGAUUGUUGUCUUAGAAUCGAAUAGGAACGCCAAAGAUAAAGGCCAUCGGGUUACCGAAAACCUGGAGUUUCAAGUAACAUAAAAACCGGAAAAGAAAGAUUACGAGGACAAGGCGAUCAAGGAGAGUUACCUUUGACAAGCAGGCAACAUUGUGAAGCACUUGACUACAGCUAGAUAAUUGCGCAGGAGUACUAUUUUAUACUUGAGUAAAUGCGAAAAGAUAAGCUUAGCGAAUUUUCGAGCAGGAUGGCGUCUGACCCGGCAUAGCAAGGAUGAACCGAGCUAGCCGUAAACAGUCUUGCCCGAUUCAAAGGACGUUUAAUUUAGUCAGUACGUGCUAAACAGAAACUCUACUUAAUCUGAGUGGCCUAGAGAGCAAAAAGUGAUAGAAAUGUUAUUACUAACCGUAAAACCGGUAACGAUGUAAUCAUGUUCUCCGAUAGAGUUUUAUACGAAAUGUGACAAAUGAUAGCGAGCAUAUGGUAAGAUCGGUCGAAUGAUAGCUAUUUGUACAAUAUGAUCAGAUGAAUGAUAAGAAUGCAGAUUUAUCUUUUAAUUUUUUACUAUGAAAAGAAAGUAACAAAACCUGUAUACUUGGCUUUUUUACUACAAAAUGAACGUGCCGCGUGCAAGCAUGGUUUGUUGUUAAAAAGGACUUUAAACGAACGAGUUUGCGCGGCGUGUUACAUAUUUACACAAACAGCAAGCAUCGAUAAAAAAGGUUGAAAUAUAUGUUUAAGACCGAUCAAGAAUAAGGUAGUCAUACAAAAUGGGACUGCCUUACGAUUACCUAACUAUAUUUUUAGCAAAACCUUCUUGGUUUUUGCCGUUUAUUCUGCUUCCUAACUUCCACUAUAUUUCCUAAUUACAUUCUUGUGCGAAUUCAGUUUUCCUUCAAUUUGGUACUUUCAAAAACUCUUAUUUCUAUUUAACACAAAAAAUAAAAUUUUGUUAAAUUCAUUUUAAACCUCAAUAUAGUUUUUAACGUAUCUGCUCACCAUAUUCAAAGAUAUUAUUUUUCUUUUUAAGAAUUAUUCAAAAACUGUAAAGACAAUUAGAAGUUGCUUGGGAAAAGUUACAAUUACUUGUCAGAUUUCUGCUUCUGUUUCUAACAAUUCACUUUGCACAAAUACGACGUAAUUUUUAACAGUAAAUUUUUUUAAUGUUAGAAAUGAUAAUAACUUUAUAUUAAAAAGAUAAAUUUCUUUCUUUUCUAGAGUCAAUUGCAUUUUCUCAGGCUCAUUUUGUUAACAAAUUUCUCAUCCAAUAUUUUCAACACAGAAGCAAUCAAAUUUUUAAAAAAUAUAGACUUAAAUCAAAAUUAGCAAUUAUUUAUGUAAGUGAAGCUUAAGGAUUGUCAAUGUAAAGCCUACUUUGGCCCUCGAAACAAGACACUGUAUUUAAAGUAAAGGUUUAAAAAAAUAAUGAAAUAAAAUAUUACUCGACACAAUGAAAAAUUUUCUCGGUUUAUAAAAUAGACACUUUAUUUUAUACUGUUCAGCGAAAUUCCAGUUCUUAAGUAUUCUAGAAUUUUUUUUAAUCUUAUGAAAUAUUAAGUUUAUGUAAAUUUGAUCUGAUUCCUACCUUACCAACAUUUUUUCUCAACAACUGAUAACCACAUGAAAUUAUAUAUUGACUUAAAAAUUGUGGAACUUAAAUAUAGGCAUUAAAAAACGUUUGCAUGCACCUAAAUUUGAGGAAUUACAAAGAAAUAUAUUUAUGGUCUUAAAUUUUGUAGAACUAUAAACAAAUUCUCAAUAUAAUUUUUUUGUAAUUAUUUAAAUUUACGACUGUUCAAGCACUCCUUAGUGCCUUCUAUUUAUUUUCUUGCAUUUUCAGCUAUAUAUCCCAUUUCGCUUGGACUUAGAUUGCUGAGAAAAAAUUUGUUAGUUAAGAAUCCGGUAAGUUUUACAUGACCUUAAGCAAUUUUUAUCUGAAUCUAGAAUUCUGUGAACAUUCUGGUAUGUUUUCAGGAAAUCCAGAAUAAUUUCCCCUUUGUGAGAUAAUUUUGUUAGAAAUAAAUGAAUAAUCGAUUACAUACGAGUACACUCUAGAAUAUUUUGAAAUUUUUUAGAAUAUGGUGGAAUGUUUAAAAAUAUUCCAGAUGAUGCUAUAAUUUUUAUCUGAAUAUUCUAGAAUUGCAUAAAAUAGUUUGGAUUGUUGUGAAAACAGACUUCUAGAAUAUGAUGGAAUUCUAGAAUGUUGCCUAAUUUUCUAGACUUCUGGAAUAUUUUCGUAUUUUUUAGAAUAUUUUAUAAUUUUUUACCUGUUUAUUCUAAAUGCGCAGUGUCCAAUUGCUAAGUUUUUUCGGCGAAUAACCCAUAUUCUUGGUGGAAGAAUAUUCAUGACCACCAUUCGGUAUUUCCGCGUAUUUAAAAAAGCACAAGCCAUUGUAAAUAAUUGUGACCAAUCGAAUGAAGUAAACUUUCAUUUGCAAACAAACAGUAUGUAUCUUUCUUAUAAAUUGUUUUUCUUAACUAGUAUACCUUAAAUGUUAACUUUCAUGUGAGAUACGUGAUCAAAAAAAUUAAUUUUUGACAGUUUGCAAUUUAACUUUGAUCUAUACUUAUCUCGCCGAAAGUUUAUAAGAUAUCUUCAUAUCUUUUUAGGUGAUUUAGGUGAAAAAAAUGGUAGAUUAUCUGACUUCGGUACUUUUUUAUUUGGAGCUCUAGAACCAUUCAUUUUUAGUCACUUUUUUAUUGAGGGACUUCCUUGCAUAUUUUUCUACUUAUUUAGUUACCUGUAACUUAGUAGUUUUUCUGGAAUUAUUAAAUUGUUUGGAAUGUUCUUAGUUCUUCAAUGUUCUUAAAGAAUACAGAAUCUUAUGGAAUGCUCAGAGAUAUUAUGGAAUAUUCAAUAAUGUUUUGAAAUAGUGAAAUAUUCUAUAGGUUUUUUAUCUCUAAAAUUUGUGUACGUGUAAAAUUAUAGGUGUGACAAAGACAAAAAAAAUUAAGAGGCUUUUAAACCUUCAAGUCUGAGAUCAAAGUUUUAGUUUUGUUUAUCGGGUGGUCAAAGACAGGCUUUAUUGGCUUUCGUUAUUUCAAAGAAUUCGAAGUAACUCAGAAUUCGCUACGGAAAUUGUUUAAUUUCUAGUCACCAAUCAUCACUACCUUUAUUAUUGUUUUAAAUGAUUUAAGGAAAAGAAUGGUUUAUAGAGAACAUUUUUUGCUAAAUUUUUGUAGCAAAUUGUUGUGUUUUACCAAAAUCGAAUAAGUCUGUAUUAAUUUGAUUAAAUACUAAAAUAUGGGAGUAGUUCUGAAACUCUUCUAUAUUGAUAUUCAUGCGAAGUGCUUAUAUCAUCUUCGAUUCUUACGAUGGGCAUACACAGAAUUUAUAUAUUCAAGUCAGAAAAAAACGAUUUAUUCAAAUACGCCUGAUGGGUACCUCUUUGAUCUUCUACAUCAGCGUCCAGUCGCACAAUGUGCAAAAUUGUUUUAACACUUUUAAGCACAAGCAAUUUGUUUCUGUCAAUUUGACAAUGAUUAGAUAUUCAUCGUUUGUGAUGUAUUUUUCGUUAAUAUUGAGGUGAAAAGACAAAAUGUUACCAAAUACUGUUGUUAAUGGCGCUGUUGUCAUUAGACUGCAGACGUAUUUAAACGUUUUUUAUUCAAUUGUUUCUAUUUAAAAAUGUGUGUUCUAGAAAAAUAAAAAAUCUACGAAAACUUCUUUUAAGUGAAAAUUUCGAUAACGUAUUGGCUAUUAAAUUUUUGCAAUUGUAUCAAAUUUUCAAAAAUUGUGUUUGCUUUAAAUCUUGUGGUUUCCGAGCAUUCACAUACGGGAAACUUAUCGGUCUCUAAACUUAUGACAACUUUCUCCGCAUAUCUAAGAACAAAUGACUGAAAAACAUACCCUGGACGAACAACGGACCCCACACUCUCGAGGCAAUUACUUUAAUAUCGUUUAAGUUAGACGAUGAGAUACGCGAAAAUAGCUUCUGACCCAUGGAUUUUUAAUUGAGUUUCGAUUUCAGAUAUGAGAAUACUCAACGUAAUGCAAAUAAGACUUCUAUAUUUAGGACAUGAUUUUAGUUUCGCCCGAAUUUUCUAACGACAAAAUAUAAUAAUCAAGUUUGAAGAUGUAUAUUUGCGAGGAGCAGAGGUUUCUAACCGCGACACCCAGAGUUUCCUGUGAUAAAUUCCGACAUUCUAAAAAAUUGUCAGACUAGCAAAAAUCAGUACGCUCUAUAUCGAAAAGGGCAAAAAUAGGCAUUAGCGUGCAACCUUUUUUUUUAGUUUUCUAAAUUCUGUACCAGGAAGGUCAAAACGGAAACGAAAUUCAACGAUUUGAGGGAAACUAAACGGAAUUAAAAUUAUUUUUGCGAAUGGAAAGUAUUAUUUUUGGUAAACAAUAGCGUGAAAUUGUAUGAUAAAAAAAAUAAGUGCUCGGUUGGCGCAUGUUCGCUUAAACUUGUAAAUCGUGCGAAAGGCGUCCUAAGUCAUGUACAUAAACUUUUAUAGUUCAUCUUACGCGUGGAAAUCGAAUCACGCCAGCGCAGCGGGUCUUGCCUUUUAUCUCUUGCUUUAACAUUAAAAAUAUUGCAGUUGAAUCUCGAAAAUGGUGAUUUUGACAAAUUAACUAUAUUAUUGUUUAAUUGUAACGAAGUGUUUGGUUAAGUAUACAUUAUUUGGUGAAUGUUACAAGGGCUAAUUAUAAAAAGCUGGCGAGACAUAAACCAUUCGGGGACAUUUAGAUCAACGAGAUUAUUCGAGUCAUUUUUAUAACGGGGACUUUUCCACAGAGUUUAUGUGAAAAUUUCGAAUAGUCUAAGAAAUAGUAGUCUAACAAAAUCAGCAAUCACAUAUUCCUUCCCGUUUACAUUAUAUGAAUGAUGUUUUAUGUACAUUACAACGUUUUUCUUUCCCAAAAGUCGAUAUAUCAUCGUUUUCGUUAUCUCGCUCCUGAUGUAAAUAUCGUUUGUGAUAGUCAUUUUUCUAAUAAAAUUCGCCAUUAAUCAGUUGCGUCGACAAACAGAGUAUUUAAGCCAAUUAGCAGAUAACAGAGAUGUACACAUUUAUAUAGUUUUAAGUGCUAGGCAGGCCACGUUCCGAACUCUUGGCGCUUAUGCAUCACAAUGUCAGUCUUACAUAUUCUUUUGUACUGUUUUAAAUAAUUGUUACUAGAGUUUCAAAAUUUACACAGAAAGAAAAAUUUUGUAUAAUAUAUCGCUAGUUUAUGUAAAAUGGUAACAUAUAGUCAACAUUAUGUAUUAUGUGUUACGCAAGUCUAAGUACAUUGGGAAAUGUAGGAUUUCUGGUGUGAUCAAGAAAGUCUAAAAGACAAGAAAUUCGAUAAAUAGAUUUUGCGACAGACUAAACAGAAUCUUGACUACACCUAAUCACUAUACAUAAAGUACUAAGUCUGUUUUCGGAUUUGAGUUUUAAAUGUAUGCAGUUGAAUUUAUCACAGCCACCUUACUAAGUUUUUCUAGAUUUCUUGAAAGGGGCGUGAAGACAAAAUAUCGAUAAAUUAAAAAAAGAAUGAUAAUGAAUCAAAUCUUCGAAAAUUAUUUUAGUUUAUGGCAUUGCACAAGGCGUAACUAUCUAAAUUAUUUUCAAAAAACCUCAUUAUCAGUUUAUGAGUAAGCUUGAAGAAAAUAUUUGGACAUUGUUACGUCUAGCCAUCGCCGUAAGGAGAUAUUCAAGUCAUUGAACAAAAGAGAUGAUAGAAAUUUAUCCGGACAGCUUAUCAAGUUUUGAGAUUUACGUUACCAUUUAUUUUGACUCAUCUCUCAGAAUUAUCUGUGGAAAAAUUUGAUAAAAAACUCGUUUAUAUUCAAAAAAAAUCAAAGGGAAGUUGCUAAAAACUCAAAAAUAUAUAGUUAUAAAUUAGAAGACGCAUGCUUUUGCACACAAAAAAAAACGCAAAGAGCGAAGACGAGGAACGUGUCAUGUUUAGAGUAACAUAAGUUUCCUAACGUCGCGUGUAAAAACAUUAUGUUCAGAAAAAUAUACUACAAUACGACUGAUAUGCUUUUUGAUAGCGUUUAAGCGAAUAUCGAGUUAUGUGAAACAAAAGAUGCUUCGAUCAUCGCUUAAAUAGCUCUCUUGGAAGCAAAAAUAUAAGGAAUGUAUGAGAAAAAAACGCCGAUUUAAGAAACUGUAAAAUCGACUUAUUAAGAACAUAAUAAACAAAGAACUCCAUAAAAGA